GCCACCGCAACUGUCCGAGAAAAGGCAUUCUUUUGCUUUGCUUCGUUCUUGUGCGAGAGGAGAGAAAAGAGGAGAAACCGAGAGAUGUGUGGAGGAGCGAUCAUCUCCGAGUUCAUACCGGCGGCAGCGUCGCGGCGGGUGACGGCGGAGAAUCCGUGGCCGGGCGGGAGGAAGAGGUGGGGGAAACAGCGGAGGGUGGAGGCCGAGGACGACUUCGAGGCCGAUUUCCAGGAGUUUGAUGAUGAGUCGUCGGAGGACGAGUUCGAUGACGAGGAGGAGAUCGAUGAGGUCGGUGUAAAAUGCUUCGGUUUUGGGUCGAAACCCUGCUUCUCUCGAGAGCGCUCAACCACUCUAAAAUCAGGAGAUUUUAGUGGAUCUGAAGUUCAGUCAGCCAAAAGGAAGAGAAAGAAUCAAUUCCGUGGAAUCCGCCAACGUCCAUGGGGCAAAUGGGCAGCUGAAAUUAGAGAUCCCCACAAAGGAGUUCGUGUUUGGCUUGGGACAUUCAACUCUGCUGAAGAGGCUGCAAGAGCCUAUGACGCCGAAGCUAGGAGGAUUCGAGGAAAAAAAGCCAAGGUCAACUUCCCCAGAGCAGCAAGCUCAGGUUCCAAAAAGAUCAUCCCAAAACCGACUGCUCUAAGAACACAUGUGCCAAAUCCGUCAGAAAAGUGUGAAUUUAAGCAGUCCAACCAUCAGAAUGAUCAGUGUUGUGAUCUCUAUUCUACUAUGAGCCACUUGGAAGAGGAGUUGGCUAAGCCUGUCUAUUUGAAUACCUUGCCAACAAAAGAACCAUCUGCACCUGGUGAAGGUAUGGAGUUUCAUUCCGAUGAGGGAAGUAACUCUUGUGGUGAUCCAGACUUUGGAUUGUUAUCAGUUCAAGUUCCCACUGCUGACAAUGGAUUGUUGUCUCUGAAGAACUUGAAAGACAAUUGUGGAGUGCAAGUCUCAGAAGAAGAGACCACUCCGGUCGAUCUAUCUGAAGACUUAUCUGCUUUCGACCCAUACGCGAACUUCAUGCAGUUUCCGUACCUUGAGGGAAGCUCUGAUUUGUCAAUCGACUCCCUAUUUGGUGGUGAAUUAGCUCAGGGUGAUCUGGCUGAUGUGAACUUAUGGAGCUUUGAUGAGCUGCCCAUGGAGGGCAGUCUUUACUGAGGGACUUGGACCUUAGCCACAGGUGCUCUGUAAAUAGGGAGAAAAACAAGCAUCCCAAAGAUGGCACUCUUUCUCCUGCUGUUCUGCUUAUAUGUAUAUCUCCUUGUUUGGAGAACAAUUGGUUAUUUUCCUUACAUGUCAUUUACUUUCUCUUGGAAACCAAUAACGAUGAAGGAUCUGGAGGACCAGAAUUGUUUGCGUGAAUCAGUAUGUUGUUUGCUUUUGGACUUGAGUUUUAUCAUUAUUCUGACUA